CCAUAUUUGAAUAUAUAGAAAACUCAAAAGAAAAUGACAGAAUUUCUGUCUUAAGUCCCUUCACACUUUUAAUCCAACCCCUUAUUGUUGAGUUAUCAAUCAAUUCCCAUCUCAGUGCUGCUCAAGGUUGAGCCAUGUACUUCUCUGGAGAAAUUGUCAUUUCCUCUUUCUUUGAGGCCUUGUUUGCCAACUUAGUCUCUCCUGAUACCCUCCACUUCGCCACUGAAAAACAGGUUCAAAAGGAACUUAACAAGCUGGAGACAGUACUGAGGACUGUCCAUGCAGUGCUUGCUGAUGCAGAGGAGAAGCAAUUGAAGGACCAGCAUGUGAAGAUGUGGUUGUCCAAGCUCCAAGACUUGGCUUUCGACGUCGACGACAUCUUGGACGAGUUUGCUACAGAAGCUCUUCGUAACAAGUUAAAGAAAGAUAAACAAGCGCACCGAAGUAAGGUAAGGAAGAUCAUUCAUAGCUUCACUGCAAGUUUUGGUCCGAAUGCUUUCUUGUUUAGAUAUAAGAUGAUGAACAAGAUUAAAGCCAUUAGUUCUAGAUUGGAUGAUUUGAUCACUCGGAAAAAUGAGUUGCAAUUAAGAGAGCUUGAUGUUGGUAGGCCUAAGAGAGUCAUUGAAAGACCACCAACUAGUUCUUUGGUGAAUGAAGCUCUUGUUUAUGGUAGAGAAUAUGAUAAAAAUGUAGUGAUUGAUUUGCUUUUAAUGGAUGGUGAUACCAACGUUCAAGUUUCUGUCGUCCCCAUUGUUGGCAUUGGAGGAAUUGGUAAGACAACUCUUGCUCAACUAGUUUACAAUGAUAAUAAGGUCCAAGAUCUUUUCGACGUCAAAGCAUGGGUGUGUGUUUCUGAAGAUUUCAAUAUCAUUAGGAUAACAAAAUCGAUUUUGCAGUCGGUCACUUGUGAUGCAUCAUGCAAUGAUGUAAAUGAUCUGAAUUUGCUUCAAGUCAAAUUGAAGGAGAAGCUGUCCAAAAAGAAAUUUCUGCUUGUUUUGGAUGAUAUUUGGAAUAUGAGUUACAAUGAUUGGACCAUCCUUCGAUCUCCUUUCGAAGUAGGGGAUUCGAGAAGCAAGAUUCUUGUGACAACGCGAAACCAGAACGUCACAUCAGUUAUGAAAACGGUUCCGGAUUACUCAUUGAAAGAACUGUCAAAUGAUGAUUGUUUGUUCAUUUUAGCUCAACAUUCCAUAGGAGCCAAAGAUUUCAGUGGUCAUUUGGACUUGAAAGAACUUGGAGAACAGAUUGUGAAGAAGUGUAAAGGCUUGCCCUUAGCAGCUAAAACAAUCGGAGGCCUGCUUCGAACUAGUGUUGAUCCAGAUGCAUGGAAAGUUGUACUGGAGAAUGAGAUAUGGAAUUCAUCAGAAGAGCAAAGUGGUAUAAUUCCAGCUCUAAGGCUGAGCUACUAUCACCUUCCACAACAUCUAAAACAAUGUUUUUCGUAUUGCUCAAUUAUCCCUAAAGACUAUGAGUUCGGAGAGGAGGAAGUAGUGCUGUUAUGGAUGGCAGAAGUAAUGUUGCAACAAGUAAACACUAAAAGGCUGCAAAUCGAAAAACUAGGUAGCAUGUACUUUCAAGAUCUUGUGUCAAGGUCUUUCUUUCAAAGAUCUAGCAGGAAUAAAUCUCAGUUUAUGAUGCAUGACCUCAUCAAUGAUCUAGCUCGAUCUGUUGCAGGAGACAUAUGCUUUAGACUAGAGGGUGAUGAGAAAAUUUCGAGCUGUGCUCGAUACUCAUCCUUCAUCGGAAGUAGGUAUAAUGGAUUCAAAAGGUUCCAUACAUUCGGUGAUGCAGAGCAUUUACGAACAUUUAUGUCAUUUAUGUUGCCAAAUGAUGGAGACUGCUACCUAUCUAACAGUGUUCUUAUCGAUUUGUUGCCGAGAUUGAGAUGCUUAAGAGUGCUCUCUCUCGAAGGGUACUACAUCACCAAGCUACCAGAUUCAAUUGGUGAUCUGACACAUAUCCGCUACCUUAACUUCUCUUACACUAAAAUCAAAAGCCUCCCCGAAUCUAUAUGUACACUCUUCAACUUACAAACAUUGUUGUUGAGAGGCUGCGAUCGCCUUAAACACUUACGGUCUGAUUUGAGACUUUUAGCCAAUCUACAGCGUCUUGAUAUUACUGAUGCUAAUUCAAUUGAAGGGAUGCCGUUUGGAAUCGGUGAAUUGAUUGAUCUCCAGUCAGUGUCCAACUUUGUUAUAGGCCAAGGAGUUGGAUAUCAGAUAAGGGAGCUGAAGAAUUUAUCUGAUCUCAAAGGUCAACUUUCUAUCUCAGGAUUGGAACAUCUUGUCAAUGCUCAAGAUGCAACGGAGGCUAUGUUGUUCAGUAAGUUCAGUCUUGAUGAUCUAGAAUUGAAAUGGACUGCGGACGUGAAAGGUGAUUUACAAAACGCAGGAGUCGAAAAAGAAGUGUUGAGCUUACUUCAAUCGCAUAAGAAACUUAAGAAACUCUCCAUCAAGUGUUAUGGUGGUCAGACAUUCCCGAAUUGGAUCGGAGAUUGUUCAUUAAAAAAUUUAAUGUUCUUAGAGUUUGAACAUUGCCACAAGUGUAUUUCAUUACCUGCACUUGGACAACUGCCGUUUUUGAAGGCCCUUUAUGUCAAAGGAAUGGAUUAUGUCAAUAAGAUAGGUGUUGAGUUCUAUGGAGGAAAUUGCUCAAAUGCAUUUCCAGCAUUAGAGAUUCUUCGUUUUGAAGAAAUGCCACAGUUGAAGGAGUGGAAUACAUACCAAGCCGAUGAGAAAACCGGAAACUUCAAUUGCCUCCGUGAUCUCUCUGUCAAGAAAUGCCCCAAACUGUUGGGAAGCUUACCAAGCUAUCUUCCUUGCUUAGAAAAGCUUGUGAUCCAUGACUGUCAACUAUUGGAAGUUUCAGUUCCACAGCAUUCCAGGCUGUAUGAAAUAGAAAUUGUUGGCUGCAAAAGAGUGAGACAUGAUGGCUCUUUUGACCUUUGCUCAAUCAAGAAGGCCACUCUCUCAAAUAUCACAUGGUUUUCUUGUUUAAAAGGGUUGAUGUUAGGCUUAUCACAAACAGAGUUUAUUCGGGUCGGUGGUUGUAGAGAGCUUCCUUCCUUGUGCCACAAUGGAGCAGGAUGGUUAGCACGAUCAAGUUUCCUCCGGAAUUUCGAAAUCUUGAACUGUUCUCAACUUGUUUCAAUGGGGAUAUCCAUAGGAGAGCAAAAAGAAGAGGUGCAACAAAUGUAAACACUUUGCAGUCUUGAACAUCUAAGAAUCAAGCAUUGUGAAAAAUUAGAGAAGUUAUCUGCAACCAUGUACAAUCUUACAUCCCUUAGGGAGCUAGAGAUUGUAAAAUGCCCGAAACUGUUGUCAUUUUCACACGAUAACUUGCCUCUUACGCUAAAAGGGUUGGUGGUAAAAAAUUGUGAUAAUUUGAAGUGUUUAUUAGAUGAAGAUGGAAUGAACAUCAGCAGAAGAUCUUUACUUAGCCAUCUGAUAAUUGAACGAUGCCACUCUCUAGCAUCUUUAUCAUCAGCAGGUGAUUUACCUGUUAAGCUUCAACAUCUGAAGAUAUGGAGUUGUCCAAAAUUGGCCUAUUUAUCAUCAAGUGGCUACUUACCUGUGGGGCUUAAACACCUGUGGAUAGACACUUGCCAAAUGCUGGAAUCCGUUGCAGAUUCAGUUCACUACAACACUUGCCUUGAGUCCAUUUUUAUUGCCAGGUGUGAAAAAAUUCAGUAUCUGCCAGAUGGAUUGGACAAGCUCAGCCAUCUGCAGCAACUGCAUAUCGAAUGCUUUCGGAAUCUGGUUUCGGUUUCCAGGUUGCCCUCAACCGGCCUACGUGUGCUGCAUCUAAGCUGGUGCCGUAAACUCCAAGCUCUACCAAAUGGCCUGCAUUGCCUUACAUAUCUUCAGGAACUGGAGAUAUCAAACUGUCCAUGUUUAUUAACCUUUCCCGAAGAAGGUUUCCCUACAAACUUGACUUCGCUUGCAAUCUCAAAACCUGAAAUUCUUGAAGGACUGAUCCAUUGGGGAUUCCAUAAGCUCACUUCUCUUAAAAGACUUGCAAUCUAUGGAGGAUAUUCAGAUGGGGUAAUGUUUCCACAUGAAGGGAACGGCAUGAUGUUGCCUUGUUCUGUACGCAAACUCGCCUUCAGCGAUUUCCCAAAUGUCGAAACCCUGUCUUCCAAGGGCUUUCAAAACCUUCCCUUCCUUGAAUGUUUGUCCAUUGUUAAACUUCCAAAGCUGAAAUGUUUGCCCGGAAGAGACAUGCUUAUGUCUUUGUUGGAAUUAUAUAUCCAUGACUGUCCAUUGUUAAAAGAAAGUUGCAGAAGGGAUUAAGGGAAAGACUAGUCUAACAUUGCUCGCAUCCCUUUUGUUCAGAUUGAUAAUAGAAUCAUCUAUGAUUCAGAGGAAGAAGAAGAAAGUGAUUCAGAGGAGUAAAAGUGAUACAAGUCCAAGGUAUAUUAAUAUUACUCCAAUUCUUCAUUUUUCAUAAA